AAAGAGGAAGAAGGUUGCAAGAGCAAAAUGGCAGCCUCAAUUGAGAGUUUGUUCGUUGAAAUAGCAAGCCUUGAAGAGCCUAUUGAAGAGCUGCAAACUUUAAAAACGGCCGUUUUAUCAAUACCUGUAAGCGCCCUUAGGGAUACAGUGAGUGGACUCCGACUUGAAGUGAUUUUCUCUCUUUUGAACACAAAUGACAGAGAGAAAAUUGAGCUAUGCGUGGACAUCCUUGGUCGAAUCCUGCUCGCCCUCAGCCCUGUCCACCUGGCCCAAAACUGCAGAGUGGAACUUCAGGCUGGACUGAAACAUCCUGAUGACACAGUCAAAAUACUGGCAUUGACACAAAUUGGUAGAAUGGUAUUGAACCAUGAGGCAGUAACAGAAAUUCAGAACAACCAAGACAUACUUCGGGAAGUGAUCCACUGCAUCAAAGGAGAGAAGAUGACAGUGGCCAAAGAGGCAAUACGAGCUCUUGCCAAACUUAGCCACUCCAAAGCUGGGUUAGAUGCUCUAUUCAGGAGCGACUUGCUGAAAGACCUCAAGGAUGUGAUGGCUACAAGUGAUAUUGUCAGAUACAGAGUAUAUGAGCUGAUAGUGGACAUAUCGUCGGUCUCUCCUGUCUCCCUGGGUUACUGUGCCAACAGCAGCUUUAUUUCCCAGCUACUGGGAGAGCUGACAGGAGAUGAUGUACUGGUCAGGGCUACAGCCAUUGAGAUGGUGACCACACUUUCCAACAGUCAGCAUGGGCGCCAGUACCUGGCACAGCAAGGCAUCAUGGAUAAGAUAUCCAACAUGAUCACUGGAGCAAAAUCAGACCCCUUCUCUAGUUUCUACCUGCCAGGGCUGGUGAAGUUCUUUGGGAACCUGACCAUCAUGGACAGUCCCCAGCACGUGUGUGAGACCUACCCAGCUUUCCAGAACAAGGUGUUUGAGAUGGCCAUCGACCCAGACCCUGUUAUGACUGGAGUGGCUCUGGACACACUGGGGGUCCUGGGCUCCACUGUGGAGGGGAAACAAGUCCUGCAGAAAACAGGUGAGAAGUUCAAUGCUGUGCUGAAGAGAAUGAGCCAGCUGGCCAGCGGUGGAGCCACCGAGCUGCGAGUGCGCUGUCUGGAGGCCAUCUCACUCCUAAUCACUCUGCAGGCUGAACAGCAGACAGAGGACCUGCUGGUUCUAACAGAGUCCUGGUUCCAUCUGCUGUCUAACCAGCCUAUGGAGAUGAUCCGGAACAUCAGCACCCAGCCCUUCCCUGAGCUCCACUGUUGUGCUCUACGCAUAUUCACUGCCAUCGCUCCCCAGCCAUGGGGUCAAAGGUUAAUGAUUGGCACGCCAGGGUUCAUGGAGUUCAUUGUUGACCGUUCGACUGGUCCGACCAAGGAAGCGAAGGAUGCUAAGUUUGAGCUUGUGGGUGCGCUGGUGAGCUCUUCCACAGCAGCGGACAUCUUGGGUAGCCAGCACUACUUACGCCUGCGGUCCUACCUCCGAGAGGGAGCGUACUAUGUGACCGCUGUGGCAACGGUGACCACAGAGGGAGCGGACUGAGAGAAAUGGGGAAAAUUUCAAAUUACACGCUAUUCCCAAUAUAGUACACUACCUUAGGCCCUACUCAAAAGUAGUCAGCUGUAUGGAUAGUAGGUUUAACUUGAGACUGCUACCAGACCAGGACCAACGAGACUCAAUUCUUGUUAUUUUAUUAGAUCGCCUGAGAUGCAUUUACUGUUACUUUUUCUAAGUGGAAUAUUUGCCCUUAUUAAAGAGGAAGCAUAUUGAAAAUGUCAA